AUGUCUAAAGACACUAAAGUGAGACCAACUCAAACCCAGAUGAGGUAUUUGGUUGAUCUAAUGGCCAAUGAUCAACAAUUGUGUUCGGGCAAGUUUACUAAAAGUUUUACACAUAAAAUUGCUCAACAAAGAUGGGAAAGCAUCUCUAUUCAAUUAAAUGCAUUACCAGGUGCGGAGAAGAGUUGGAAUAAGUGGAAGAAAACAUGGCAAGAUACUAGAAACAUAACAAAAUCUAAAGCGGCAGCUAUUAAAAGGCACAUAGGAGGUACAGGUGGUGGAUCAAAAUGCGAAAUUGAACUAAAUGAAGUUCAAAAGGAAAUUUUACCUUUAUUUAGCCAAGCAUCUGUUAGCGGUCACUUUAAUUCUGAAGAGUCAGUGGUUGAGUUUGACUUUGAUGAUACAACUAAAGAUGUGUUAACUGAUGCUAAUGAAUUAUGUAUUGAAGAGUUGGUAGAGACAAUCACUUACAGUAAUUCUGAGAAAGAAAAUAAUGAACCCCCAUUAAACAUUAAAGCUGUGAAUGAAAAUUAUUACGAGCCUUCAACUUUUGAACCAUUAACAACAACUACAAGUGCUCAUAAACCAA